UCAUGCACUGAGUGUUUUCAACUAUUUUGACAUUGGAACUAGAAGGCUGCUGAACUCCCGUUUUUCUCACUUUAACAGUUCCUUUUCAGUAGUUGUACAAGAUGGGAAGACUGUACAAACGAAAGGAGCCGGGAGAAAGAAGUGAUAAAACAACAGACAUAGGGGAUGGGCUCUCUCCUCUGCCAGGGAAGACCGCGGCCGGCUUGGCUGAGCCACACACACCAGUUUCUGGUUUGUCUGUCCGGGAUGUGGACGGUCGUCAAAAAGCUGAAAGAGUUUCCAUGUAUGGGGGGGAGAAGGUCUACCUUGGAGUCCGUGUCAAAAUGCCUGUAAGGGAUCUACUGAGAAAAAUCCGCAUAGCCCAAGGCUGUAAACCUCAAGAUUUUCAGGAGAUAUACGGAAAAACAGUCAAAGACAAGCAACGAGUCAAAACUAGCAAAGGACGCCGAUCUACCAAAAGAAAACGCCCCACCAAAAGCCUGGAGGAGCUGGCAAUCAUCGUUGAGGUGCUAGAGGAGGAUCUCAGAACUGGCAACACCUGCCUGUCCCCUCCCCAGUAUUUGUCCCCCUCCAAACCUCCAGUGUCUCCAACUGGUUCUGGGUACAAUAGUGAUGAGUCGGAUGAAAUGAUCCCCAGCCCCCGGUCCUACGUGACCUACUCCCCAAGCACAGCAGAGUACCAGCAAGCCCUGUCCCUUCCAGGCCCCAUGCACACCAGCCUCGAUCAUUCCAACAUCCGAAACACUGGAAGCGUUGGUGGACGAGGGGAGGAGUGGGCUUAUCCCCAGGUCCACGACUGGAACGGGAACAACUCUGCUUUCUUUUGGGCCCAGCUUCAGAAAGAAGAGAGCCAGCUCAGGGACAUCUCUGACGCUGCACUGCUGGCCCCCGAUGGAUACGGCAGGACAGCUCUCCAUAAAGUGGCGUGUGUCGGGAAGAGGGCACUUGGCUAUGCGAUCGCCAAAAGGAUGGCCGCAUUUAACAGCCUCGACCUCAAAGACUCGGAGGGAAUGACCGCCCUCCUCCAUGCAGCGAAGCACAACCACCACCUGAUGGUAGCGGAUCUGAUCCAUUUGGGGGCCAGCGUCAAUGAGACCAACAACUCAGGAAAAACCUGCCUCCACCUCAGUGCUGAGAAAGGCUACAUCAGAGUCCUGGAGGUUCUGAGACAGACUAUGAUGGACGGUGUGUAUGUUGACGUUGAAGCCACUGAUAACUCUGGAAUGAGUGUCUUCCAGUGUGCUUCUGUGGCUCUCAAAGCCACAGUACGUGAGCUGGAAAGCAGUAAACCCCAAAAUCACAUCAGUCUCAACACACUUUGCCAAGAGCAGAUGAUGGAAACUCUAGAGUGUCUGCUGCAGAUGGGCAGCUACUUUUAUACCAUGGAGAGCCAGAGUAUACAACCUAGAAUUGGUUAAUUCUGGCACUUCCGCCCGGCAGGGCUUUCUGGAGACCCGACAGUAAUGUUCUGAGUUGGUAUAGGCUUGAAUUCAAAUGGAGAGAGACCAUAACCAGUGGAGUUUGUUUUCUCUCAAAGCUUGAUUUCAGGCCUGCUAUGUAAAGCAUUUAGGGUUUUGUGUGUGGAAAAAAUGCCUGACUUGCAAUUGGGUAUUUAUUGUAACCUGCACAGAAACGUUAGGUGCCCAUUAGUUGGUUUCUGUGAAACUUCCAUUGUUUGUUACAUUAGAGUAACAAGAUGUCCUCAGUUAGUGUGUCUGUGAAGAUCAAGAUGUAAAAUCCUUUGAGAAUAUUUUUUUAAUAUAAUAGUGUAAACUAUUGGCUUGGUCGUGCCAGUUUUAGGGGUCCAGUAGUGUUUUGAAAACCUGGCCCCCAAAUACUGUCUGUCUGUCUGUCUGUCUGUCUGUCUGUCUGUCUGUCUGUCUGUCUGUCUGUCUGUCUGUCUGUCUGUCUGUCUGUCUGUCUGUCUGUCUGUCUGUAUGAUUUUCCCUCCCCACUGGGGUCUAGCUUGAUUUAUUUUCUUUCCUCAGAUCUUUUAAAAGGACUUUUGUACUAGAGGACAAUGCAUGUUUUAGUAAUGUAUGGUGAUGGGGUGUAAAUCCAAUUUCAUUUGACUGCCUUCACAUGAGUAAGUACAUGUAAAAACAGUCAUUGGCAGGGAGUUUUAGUUCUGUUUAUGCAUAACCUCCUAGCAUAUUGUCAAGUUUUUUGGCUUUUGUACACAUGUGUUUAGCCUAGCUAGCUUAGCUCAAUGACUGGAAGCAGGGGAAAGAGUAAGCAAAGUUAAAGAUGCACAAUAACAAAAUGUACACACCGUGUCAUAUGUAUUCAAUAUGUGCAGAAGCAGAAAACAAAACAUUGUGGCCUGACAUGCAGCUAGCUUGCGCAUUAAAGCUAUCUACCAACAAACGCCUGUUACAAUGACUCAGCAUUUGGACAUCUUGUCCUCAUAGUUGUCAGCUUUGGACACUUUCCUUUCUCUGAACAAAACUCAGGUGAUUUUGUGAUGUGCUGGUGGUUAGCCAGCUGGCUAACAACAGGACAUGUAGACAAUUUUAAUUUUAAUCAAUCUCUUUCCUCCUUGCUGGGUCUUUGUGCUAAGCUAGGCUAAACGUGUGUGUGUGUGUGUGUGUGUGUGUGUGUGUGUGUCAAAGGUUUUAGAAAAUAUAGUCAUAUAUUAUUACUUUCUGACAUUUCUCAGGUGUUCUUGGGAACUGUGACUCUGAUUAGUUAGAGCCAUAUCUACAGUAUGCAGUCACUAAUUUACUUUAUUGCAUUUUAAGGGAGUAUCAUGAGUAUUUAUUUCUAAACUUAGCUAAGGAAAAUAUGUUUAGUACAAGUAGUACAAUGUGUAAGUAGUUAUGUGAUGAUCUAUUCUUUAUAGAUUUGUAAUGUGGUGAUGGGCAACAGUGAAAAGGAUAACCUUAAUGUAACCUCACAACAUCAGGGAUUUCUAUACAGAAAACUGGAGCAUUUUUACUAUUGAUAAAAAUGUGAGUAUUCUGAAUUAUAGAUGGUCACUAAGUGGUGGACCACAGUUGGUAUGAAAUGUUUUGACUUUAAUGUUUAUAUAGUAUGUCUAUUGAUGAUCAACAGGGCAUCUUUUAUUGCAAAAUAGUCAUUUAAUCAUGAGAGAAUCCCAAAAUGUAAUCAAGAACUUAUUUACUCUUGAAUGAGAGACAUAAUUGUGUUAAUUUACAGUAUCUUACAUAUUCAUUUAUAUACUUAUGUGGGGGAUUAUAAUAUAAGGAAUCAGUUCUCUUCUGAAAGUACAAUUAAACACUUAGAUGCUUGUUUUGCCUUGCAGGGAUGUCAUAGUUCAUCCACCUUUCGUGUUAAGUUUUUACAGUUGUGUUAAUGUAUACAGAUGGGUCUGGGAGUGUAGAGAACUCGUAAGGAGUCAUUGUGUAAUUCAGUUUUCAACUUAAACAAAUUUCACUAAUUUGUAUUACUUUAUAAUCUUGUGAUGUUUCAUGAAUCAAUCACAUUGUUAUACUGUAGCUCAGGCUGAGUUGCUCAUUCCAAUCAAGACAUCUGAUCACAUAAAUAAAAAAUAAGUGCCAAGGAUCACGAUCAUUUCCGUAAAACGUCAUUUCUUUUAAACACAGUGAUUCACAUUGAUAGUGGGUAUUGGUUGUCAUUACAAUUCACGCUUAUGUAACAAUAUGUGCAUUUUAAUC